UCACGCUGGUACCGUAAUACUCGCCCAGCCUUUCACCCAUCGUGCAUUCACUGUCAGACAGCUCUUCCAUGUCUACCUUUCCUUAUCCUUUUGACCCCAAGCAUCGCAUGGGUCUCAAAGACUAUCACAUGACUAAAGACUUCGACUACUUCUAUGACUUGCCCGAGAGCUUGUUUCCUGCCAAAGCCCCUUACAAUCGGCCUCCCAUGUUCCACUUUGGCUAUCCUGCAGAUCUCGCAAAGGUCGAAAAGUGGGCACGCGAGCAUGGCUUUACCAACGACAUGAUCAAGGCAAUAGUCGGAGAGGAUGAUGUCACGGUCGAAGAUUUCCAACGCAUGGUCAGAUUGGCCACAGUAAGGUUUACGUGCAGAGAGGCCACCAAGAUAGCUGGUUUUCCGGUUAAGAUCACGUAUGGCCGAAGGAAAGGUGCAGCUUUCUGGCUCGUUUCGCUUUUUACCAAUAUACUGCCACGUGAAAGCCAAACUGUACCCCUGGUCGUGAUGGAGAUAUCUGAAAAGCUUGCGGGAGGGCCACCGAACUGGUAUCUGGAUGCUACACGGUUCUAUUGGAACUGGCUUAACAUAUAG